AUGGAUGAAUACAAAUUAAUUCAACAAAUCGGCGAAGGAUCAUUUGGCCGUGUAUUUAAGGCGAGGAGGAAAUACACGGGCAGAAUGGUUGCUAUAAAAACAAUUCAGAAAGGCAAUAUGAAAGACGAAGAUUUAGUAAAUUUCCGCCGUGAAGUUGAUAUUUUAAAGAAAGUUGAUCAUCCAAAUAUUAUGCGUUUACUUGAAUACUUUGAAACAGAUUCGGAGUUUUGCUUAGUUACAGAGCUCGGAAGAGGAGAUUUGUUUCAGAUCAUCUCAGAUACGCAGAGACUACCAGAAGAACAGUUAAAACCAAUUGCAGCGCAGUUAGUGUCAGCAUUAAAUCAUUUACAUCAGAAAAAAAUCAUUCAUCGCGACUUAAAACCACAAAAUAUUCUCGUUUCAGAUAAUUCAUCAAUUAAAUUAUGUGAUUUUGGAUUUGCAAGAGCUUUGUCACGAACAACAUUAGUUUUAAACUCAAUUAAAGGCACUCCAUUAUAUAUGGCACCAGAACUCGUUCAAGAAUACCCUUACACAGAAAAAAUUGAUAUAUGGUCGUUAGGUAUUAUCUUAUACGAACUCUAUUACGGAAAACCACCAUAUUUUACAGACUCAAUGUACAAUUUAAUCAAAAUGAUCAUUAAUGAACCAAUUACAUGGCCAGGACCCAUCUCCGAUGAAUUCAAAGACUUCAUUCUCAAGGCCCUCGUCAAAGAUCCUGACUCCAGAUGGAGUUGUGAGCAGUUAUUGAAUCAUCCAUGGAUUGCCUACGUAGAUUUACGACCAUUUGAUGAUUCAUUCUACAGAUUCAAGAACGAAGAGUUCGAAAGUGCUCUCAAAGACCAGGAUUUCCGUCCUCCGACCUCAAGACCAUUAGAUUUUCAAGAUGUUCUCAUGUCACCAACAGAAUACCCAGCUCUUACACUCUGCGAAGCUCUUAAUGAGCUAGAGAAUGCAGAUCCACUUGAACAAUCCCCUUUGGCCAAUACUUUUGCGAUGCAUAUUCCUUAUUUCAUUCAAUGCGACGAAACAGCCGACCAAGCAACCAACAUUGCAGUCAGACUUCUUAAUAUCGACCCAUCCAGGUACUCUCCUUAUGUUUCUGCCGCUGCAACAAAAUUAUUAUCCACAAAUCCGACGAAACACAACACUUUGAAGUUCCUUUCGCUUGCCAUCAUCAUUCCUUACGCUCAAUGUCGAAUUGCAGAGGAAGAAGUCGUUCCACCAACGAUUCCUGACGAAAUUUGUCAGAAAUUACAUGACGAGCUUCUUGGCAGCCUUACAACAUUAGAUACAGAGGACACAGAGAUCCUUUACACACUUCUCGUUUAUCUAAUUAAAGUUUCCGCCCCUUUUGGUGAGAAAUUCAGUCAAUCAGCCGCCCAAACUCUUCCUAUUCUUAGUUUUUCAGUGAUCAAGUCACCCGGACCAAUUAUAUCCUGUUGUGCUCUUACUUUGAUUGCAGCUAUGGUUGCAAGAGAUGAAAACUGUUUCAAUUCCAUUGCUCCGAUUUCUGAAUUUGUCCAAACACUUUUCAAACUUUUAGAUGACACUAAACCACAUAUUUCCUCGUUCUGUCUCUACUCCUCCGCCUUGUUCUUCUGCCAGGCAUCCUUAUCACAGCUGAAUUUCAUCCCAGACUUCCAAAACAAAGUCACAAACGUUUCAGCAAGAAAAGACAUAAAAUUUUUGUCACGUUUUCUUUGUGGUGGUGAUGCACAGUACGAAGUACGUCUUAAGAGUCUUUUGAGUGCCGCAUCGAGUAGUGCACGCAGUGAGAAAGAAAUCUUGUUUUACGCUGCUGUUUUCGGAAGUCCUUUCCGAUGUUUCAACAUUGAUGAAAAAAUGUUGCAAAGUUGCAUUGAAAAAUUGCCAAUGCUACUUCCUAUACACCAAGCGCCACUUCUCAGUUCGAUAUUAUCAAGUGUUCCAUCUACAACUAUCAUACCUUUGCUGCCAUCGAUGAUUGACAUAUUUAAUGUUCCAACUUGCACUCAUGAUAUUUCUGAAUUUGUUUUGUCACUUUUUGAAGAAAAUAAGAAAGAAAUUGAAAUUGUUCGAGAGAGUUUAUGUGUUAAAGGAUUGAUACCAUCUCUCUGCAAAUUCAUUUCUUCAGACUUAUUGACAGAACCGUCAUCAGAAGUAUUGUUAUUAGUUCAAUUAGUUCUUUCUUUUCCAAACCAAACAAAAAUUCUCAAAAAUUCUUGUCAGGAUGUUUUACAGGCACUUUUGGCCAAUGACUUCUCAAGAGAAAGCUUUUAUAUAGUGGCAUCGCAUUACGCAAGAUUAAGCCAUGAAUAUAUAUCCCUAAUGCAGAAUACUUGUAAUAUAUUGGAACUGAGUUUACAAGAUUUAGAAAAUGUGUCACCUUUUGUAAGAAGAAGAUGUUGUCACUUUUUAGGAAAUGUAUGGAGACAGGGUGGUCGUCCUAAUGAUUUUAGCGACAAAGCCAUACCUAAAUUAGUUAAACUUGCAAGUGAUAAUGAUGAAGAUGUAUGUGCAAGUGCUUGUUACGCUCUUUCUAAUGCUGUUUAUCAUACUUCUGAUGUUGGAGGUUUCAUCGUUCCAAGUAUAAACGAAAUAUCUGAUUUACUGCUGAAAUCAAAUGAAAGAGCAGUGGAAUGCUCAGCAAGUUUGAUAUCUAACCUUGUGAGCAAAGGAGAGUUGUAUACAAGAGAUGUGAUAAAGAAAGAAUUGAUUGACAAACUGUUGAAUGCCUCUGAAACUGAAGAAGGAGUAAUGAGAGUUUUGUCGGCUUUCCACGCUAUUGCAGGAACAGACGAAGGAAAGAAACUGUUGAAGAAUUCGAACGCAAUAAAAGUGUUGCAGAAGGUAUCGAAAUCUGCUGGAGAUAACUCAAAGAUAACUAUCAAUGCGUUGAUACAUUACAUAGAAAUGUAA